AUGGCUGCGGGCUGUUUGAAAGAUCUCACCUUUGCCCUCGAGUUGGGGCUCGCCGUUCCCUUCAAGAAGAAGCAAGAGAUUAACCGCCUAAUCGCCGACAAUGGCGGUCGAGUGUCCUACAUGAUCAACAGAAAGACGUCGUACCUGGUGGCGAGCGACGACAUACUGGAGAAGAGCUACUCGUCGAAGCUGCAGGCGGCCACGCGCCACGGCAUCCCGGUGGUCACGCUCGACUUCCUCAACGACUGCGCCGAGGCCGGCGGCCUGGUCUCGGCCAAGCCCUACCUCCUCCAGGCCGGCGGCAGUGCCUCCAGCAGCAGCAGAGGGAAGACUGCAGGGCUGAGCACGGUGAAGGUGAUGGCGCGCAAGAAGGUCGUGGCUCGCCCGCCGCCUACCGUGCGCGUGUGGCCCUACAAGACCACAGAUCGCGACGCUCCGCAGUGGCCCGAGGACAACUACGAAGUCGCCAAGACUAACGUCUUCCAGCAAGGAAACUAUUACUACAACCUGGAGCUGCACGUCGCCGAGCCGCCUCGCAAGAGGCGCAUGUACAGAAUCUUCACCCAUGCCGGCGUCGUCAGUGAUCUCGACGCCGAUGCCGAGGCGGGCACCAAGGAAGUCCGCUAUCUCGGCAAUCUGCAGGAUGCCGAGGGCACGUAUUCGCAGCUGUACACUACGAUGAGCGGGCAGGGCUACAAGCGGGUCAACCUGCUCGCUUCGAGCAGGAUUGGGUCGGACAAGGCCAAGGCGCAGGGCAACCGGCUCAUGCAGGGGCCUUCCGCCCUCUCCGAGCCCGUGCAGAAGCUGGUCGAGUACCUGUACUCGGAAGCCACCCACAAAAUCACCUCUGCCCUGCAAAGGUGA